CUUCUGUCAACAUGGCCACAGGGCUUCUCAUUCUCUGGCUGGCGAUGGGACUCGGGUGGCUUUUUCCGACACCUACAUCAGCGGAGCGCACGGUGACGGGCACACUGGGCCAGGCGGUGAUCCUGCCUUGUGUUUAUUCAUCAUGGUCUCAGAGCCGCAACAGCAUGUGCUGGGGGAAAGGCCCCUGCCCCAAGUCCAAGUGCACCCAGGAGCUCCUCCACACGGACGGGGCCAGAGUGAUCGCAGGGAAGUUGGACAAAUACCAGCUCCAGGGAGACAUCCAGAAAGGCGACAUCUCCCUGACCAUCGCCAAAGCCGAGGAAGGGGAUGCAGGCGUGUACUGCUGCCGCAUCGAGGUGCCCGGCUGGUUCAACGACGUGAAGAGGAACAUCCGCCUGCUGCUCAGGAGAGCCCCCAAACCCAAGGUCCCAACGACAACAAGUCCAACAACCACCCCUCGCCCAACCACCGCCCUUCACCUGACGACCACCACCGAGGGGCCUCCGACCGCAGUCAUGGCCACAUCUGCUCUCACAACCAGAGCACCGCCGCAGACCAGCGCUUCCCCCGUCCUCCCAACCGCGGGGACCACGUGCCCCGCGCCCAGCUCCAGUCCCCUCCCACAGCCAUCCACACCCCUCAGCACUGAGACCUCCACCGGCCCGUCCACCGCAGCUGCAGAAUCAGAGACCUCUCUUCAAUCCACCAACUCCCCCGGAGCCACAGAGGCCCCUCCUGCAGACUCUGCCUUGCCCAUGUCCAAAGGGAUGGAAGGCUGGGUUCUCUGGUCCCAAUCCCCCGCCAUGAAAAGGGGAAGGAAAGACAUGGAGCCGUCUAGGUCUGGAGAUCAGAAGAAAAACACUGGGCACAGUAAUGGCGAAUCAAAUCAGGUCAGCGUCCCCCUGAUCAUUGCCUCCACCAUGGGAUUUGUGCUGUUCCUGGCUUUCCUCUUGGCAUUUCUCCUGCGAGGAAAAUUGACGAAAACCAACUGUUUGCAGAAACACAAGAGCUUAUCAGUGGAGAUGGGAGUCUCACGGACUUUUUACCCCACUUGGCAUCGAAGCAUGCAUUCUCCAGAUCUUUGCCUCCCAAGCUGGGCUUACAGGUGUGAGCUGCCAAGCCUGGCUGGAGACAGGCUGGACACCACUGGAGAAAGCAAAACGGUGCUAGAUGACUUGCAACAUGGCGGAGACGACGAAGAGGGACUCUUCACCCUCUAACUCUCAACUUCUCUCAGGACUCUCAACAUCUCUCCCGACUGGGCACGGGGGAUGACACCCCAGGGUCCAAAUAGGUCCCAGCAUGGUUUCAUUUUUGUUGGGUUCAUUUUUCAUUUUGAACGUGCCAUCUUUUCCAUGGA